GGCUAUUAAAUCUAUCAAAAUUAUAAUUUGAAUUUUUUUAAUCAUGUAGUUUUUAUUGUAACACACAUAUAUGUAUAAUAAAAUUAUAUUCAUAAGUGUGUAUGUGUUAUAACGCGCGUGUUUUUUAAUUCAAAGAAUUUGUGUCUCUAUGAGACUCCUGAAACAAUUAUAGGAUCAAUUCAAUUGAAUCAACUGACAAGUUGAUCAACUGCUCAGUUACUCAACAAUAUUGAAUCAAUCCAACUCUUUUAUAUUUCAUUUGGAUUAAAAACUCGAGACGAUAAACACACACUCUAAAUUAAUUGUUCCUAUUUUUUUAUUCGAUUUUUUAAAAUUAACUUGAUGGUAUUUAAAGAAAAUAGAAAAAAAAAAUAUAUAAAAAUAAAAAUGAAUUCUAAUUUUAAUUUUAUUUAAGCUUGAAUGUUUGAGUUAGAAAUAAAAUUAAUUUUGUUUUUUCAAAUUCUGAUGUAAUACAUUGAGUGAUUGCAGAACAUUGUAAGGAAUAAUAAAAGUGAUAAUGGUAAAGGUGUUGGAAACUUUUACGAGGAAGAAAUGGAUUGAUUUAUCAGUUGAAUCAGGAUUGACAAGAUGUCUGUCAACUCUUGAUUUAACAGCAUUGGGAAUUGGCUCAACACUUGGUGUUGGUGUCUAUGUACUUGCUGGAUCUGUUGCUAAAGUUGCUGCUGGACCAGCUGUUAUAAUAUCAUUUGCAAUUGCAGCAAUUGCUUCAAUAUUUGCCGGACUUUGUUAUGCUGAAUUUGGUGCCAGAGUUCCCAAAGCUGGUUCAGCAUAUGUCUACAGUUAUGUUACAGUUGGUGAAUUUAUAGCAUUUUUAAUUGGCUGGACAUUGAUAUUGGAGUAUGUCAUUGGAGCAGCAAGUGUUGUCAAGGGUCUCAGUGAAUAUGUUGAUGCAUUAUUAAAUCAUGAAAUGCAAAAUUUUUUCAAAUCUAUUGUACAAUUUGAGGGUGAUCAUUUCUCGAAAUAUCCAGAUUUAUUUGCUUUUACAAUAACAAUGAUAUUUUCACUUGCAAUUGCUUUUGGUGCAAAAGAGUCAUCAGUUGUUAAUAAUAUAUUUACCCUUAUUAACCUUGGGGUCGUGUUAUUUGUCAUUGGUGCUGGAUGUAUUCAUGCAAAUUUUAAAAAUUGGCAAUUACCAUCAUCAUGUUAUGGGACAAAUGAUAAUUCUGAUGAUUGUAAAAAUAGAGGUAAAGGUGGUUUUGCACCAUUUGGUAUUGCUGGUAUAAUAUGUGGUGCUGCAAGAUGUUUUUAUGGAUAUAUUGGAUUUGAUGUUGUUGCAACAGCUGGUGAAGAAGCUAGAAAUCCUAAAAAAUCAAUUCCCAUUGCUAUUGUAACAUCAUUGACUAUUGUUUUUUUGGCAUAUUUUGGUGUAUCCAGUGUUUUAACACUUACUAUUCCAUAUUAUCAACAAAAUGACAAAGCUCCAUUACCAUUUAUGUUUGAUAGUAUUGGCUGGGGUUGGGCAAAAAUGCUUGUAUCACUUGGAGCAAUAUGUGCACUUUGUGCUAGCUUACUUGGAGCAUUAUUUCCACUUCCACGUGUUAUUCAUGCAAUGGCAUCAGAUGGUCUCAUCUUUAAAUUUAUGGGUAAACUUCAUCCAAGAUUUCAAACUCCACUUAUUGGAACUUUAACAGCAGGUUUUCUAACUGGAAUUUUAUCAGCAAUUUUUGAGCUUGAUCAACUUGUUGAUAUGAUGAGCCUUGGCACGCUAUUGGCGUAUUCAAUUGUUGCAGCUUGUGUUCUAAUUUUGAGAUACGAAGAAAGUGAGGCUUUUGAAAAAAGAGUUGAUAGAGAUCCUAGAACAGCGAUAUUUAUUGUCAAGCAACUUAUUAAUAUUAACAGAAUAACUAUGUCUACUAAAUUAACUGGUCAAAUAUCUGCCUGUCUCAUUUCUAUUUAUGUAUUGCUGUGUAUUCCAGCAACGUUUGUCAUUGCAAGAUACUCUGAAGAUAUUAUUAAUGGUUCUCCUUGGGCAAUUACAUCACUAACACUUUUAUUACCAUGUCUCAUAUUAACAUUGAUAUUUAUUUACUGUCAACCUGUGUCGGAAAAACAACUUGCAUUUACGGUUCCAUUUGUUCCAUUUCUUCCAGCAACAAGUAUUUUUAUUAAUAUGAUUCUCAUGAUGAUGUUGAAAAGUAAAAUAUGGAUCAGUUUCAGUAUAUGGCUGGCAGUUGGUCUUUCGAUAUAUUUUUCAUAUGGCGUUUGGCACAGUACAAGUCGUAAAAAAAAUAAUUCAUUAAAUGAUAAUAAUUCAUGUAACUAUAAGUAAUGUAUUUUAUAUAUAAAUAUAUAUAUUUUUUUUUGUUCAAACUCAUUAUUAAUUAAUAAAAACAAAUUUGAUAAUAAA